CCGACGUCAAGUCGGUGGAUAGCUUCCCCGGUCAACAAAACUGCGGCACAACCAAAAUUCAUGCCUUCAAAGCAAAAACAAGGCUAACCACCUUCAGCCAUAUCUCCUCUUCCAUCCAUCGCCUCUCUCUCUCUCUCUGCAUGGAAUCCAUCUUUCUAUCCAUUGCCAUCCUCCUCUUAACCUCCGCAUUUCUCCCCGAUCUCUCAUUCUCCGGCCCCGUCAACUCAGUUUUCAUCUACCCAAACUUCACAGCUUCAAAUCUUCAUUUUGUCGAUAGCAGCGGCACUUUCUUGGUCUCUCGCAAUGGAACUUUUGCAGCUGCCAUCUACAACCCAGAAGGACAACGGACACGCUUCUACUUAUGCGUCCUCCACACAGCAUCCAACACCAUCAUCUGGUCAGCCAAUCGCGACUCCCCCAUCUCCAAUACCGGUGUACUGAACCUAACUGUCAAUGGACUCAGCGUCGUUAGAGAUGACGGCACUCAAAAAUGGUCAACGCCGCCGCUGAAGUCACUAGUCACCGCGUUGCAGCUUCUAGAGACCGGUAACCUCGUUUUACUUGAUCAAUCUAACAACCCUCUUUGGCAGAGUUUUGAUUAUCCCACUGAUACGUUAGUCACCGGACAACGCUUCCCAGUCGGCGCUUCGCUGUCCAGCCCAGCAUCGGAUGAUGACUUGUCGACGGCAUAUUACCGGUUUAUAAUAACAGAUACUGAUGGGUUACUGCAAUGGAAUGGCCUAACGUAUUGGAAACUGUCCAUGGAUCCAAACGCGUAUACUAAUUCCAAUUCUGCGGCAGCUUAUAUGAUGAUGAACAACACCGGUCUUUACCUGUUCAGCAGCGAUGGACAGGUUGUUGUGGUUCAGGUUGGCCUUUCUCAGGCAGAUUUUCAGAUUGCAAAGUUGGAUUAUGGAGGCUAUUUUAUUGUGCAGAGUUACUCCAGUACUAGUACUGGGUGGAGGAAGGAACUUGUAGCGCCGGAGUUCUGUCAAAUUCCAUUCGCCUGCAAUAGAAAUGGCCUGUGUACAGAAAACUCUGAAUUGAGUACAGGUAGAUGUUCAUGUCCGCCUGGCUUUCGCUCCGACUCACAUAACCAACCAUGCUUGCCUGCAGAGAGUUAUCUUACUCUCCCUUYUGCCUGUAACUCAACGGACAAUGGAAACACCAUUCAAUCCAAUUCGUCGACUGUUUUGUAUAAGAUGCUCGGCGUAGGUAUAGACUACUUCGCCAAUAAUUUCGUGAAGCCAGCAGCUUAUGGACUAAAUUUAACGGCUUGUCAAGAUCUCUGCACCAAAAGCUGUUCUUGCUUGGGCCUAUUCUAUGACAAUUCUUCUUAUUCCUGUUAUUUGAUCAACGACCUUUUGGGGUCCCUUAUGUCGAAUACUGAGGGCGACACAGAUCGAUUGGGUUACAUUAAGACACUGGUCGGAUCCUUGUCGACAAACCCAGAUGAGAAAACCCUCUUUGACAGUCAGAGGCAAGAGCUUCCAUUGGUCGCACUGGUUCUCUUGCCUGCAACUGGGUUCUUUCUGUUGGUGACGCUUCUGGUUCUGUGCUUUCUUUGGUGGAGAAGACGCUCGCUCACCAAAACUUCUUUAAUGAAAAUAGGCAGCUUGGAUUCUCUCUCUUCCGAAGAAGAGCUUGAAGCAUUUUCAAUCCCAGGCUUACCUGUGAGAUUCUCUUACGAAGAGAUUGAGGCAGCAACUAAUAAUUUCAGUGAACAUAUUGGAGCUGGCGGAUUUGGAGCUGUUUAUAAGGGUACCUUGCCUGAUGGGACCCUCGUUGCCGUGAAGAAGAUAAACAAUUUAAGCGUCCAAGGGAAGAAAGAAUUCUGCACAGAAAUUGCUAUAAUUGGAAACAUUCACCACGUCAACUUGGUGAGACUGAGAGGCUUCUGUGCCCAAGGAAGGCAGCGGCUUCUGGUUUAUGAGUACAUGAACCGUGGCUCUCUGGACAGGAUUCUCUUUGGCAAUGGACCUGUGCUGGAAUGGCAUGAGAGGGCUGAUAUAGCACUCGGAACGGCACGGGGCCUUGCAUACUUGCACAGUGGAUGUGAUCACAAGAUCAUCCACUGUGAUGUAAAGCCAGGGAACAUUCUCUUGCACGAUCAGUUCCAGGUAAAGAUAUCUGAUUUUGGACUUUCCAAGCUUCUGACCUCUGAUCAGUCCAGUCUCUUCACUACAAUGAGAGGGACACGCGGAUAUCUUGCUCCUGAGUGGCUUACUGGCACUGCAAUCUCUGACAAGACUGAUGUGUAUAGUUAUGGCAUGGUUCUGCUUGAAAUUGUGAGGGGAAGGAGGAAUUGUUUAUUGAGAACAAGGAGUUCUUCUAGCAUUGAGAAUGACAAUGUCAGUGGUYUGUCAUCUUCAUCAUCAUCUGCAAUUGGGUCGGUUUAUUUUCCAUUAUUUGCACUGGGGAUGCAUGAAGAAGGAAGGUAUUUGGAGCUUGCAGACCCGAGGCUUCAGGGGCGAGUGACAGGUGAAGAGGUGGAGAAGCUUGUGCGUGUGGCCUUGUGUUGUUUGCAUGAGGAGCCAGCUCUGAGGCCGAGCAUGGUGAACGUGGUGAGCAUGCUGGAAGGUGGGAUCCCAUUGGGUGAACCAAGGCUCGAGUCACUGAAUUUCUUGCGAUUCUAUGGCCGACGGGUUGCCGAGGGCUCAAGGAUGCAGGGAUUUAAUGCAGUGUUCGACUUCAUGCUUUAUCCACAAACAAGUACAACCAGUGGCUCACACGCCUCUUUUUCUAACCUGUCAUCACAGCAAGUCUCUGGUCCAAGAUAGCUCUGGUGAACAGUGAGUGUGGUGAUUAUAUCUCAAAGUCUAAUGGGUCUUUCCAUAGAUUUCCGUUUAAUUGUUUCAGAGGAUUCUGUAUAGGAGGUUUCUUGGCUGUAGGAGAGGAGACAAGCUAAAAAUCAAGCUUCUUUUGGGACAUCAUCUUGUUCCCUUUUGUCCUAGACAUAUUUCCAGCAUCUGUAUUCCAAUCACUUCACAGAGCAUGUGGGUUUUUGAUUGUAAAUAAUUCUUGUUUCAAUAUACUAAGAAUUAGCUCAGUGACUUCAGUCUCAUGUACUCUUCUUGG